CACAUAGUGCUCGUAGCCCUACGACCGAGAAACCACCUUUCAUCAUGACUGUAGCAUCACCAGGUGCAGUCGUGCUCACAGUGGCUGCGAUUGGCGUGUGCUGGGCCUUGACGAAGUUUCACGGGAACCGCUCGCGCGUCAACAAACUACGCUUGGUCUUCCUAUGCCGCCAUGGAGCUGGCUUUUCGGUCACCUUGUCUUCUUUCGCCAGUACCAGAAGCGAUACCCCCCAGAUCUGUUUGUGCCAGUUGUCAUGGACAAAAUGGGCGAAGAGUUCCGCGAAGCCGAUAUCUUUUACGUCGAUCUGUGGCCCUUUGCCACCACCUUCCUCAUUGUCAACGAUCCAGAUGUAGCCAUGCAGGUUAGUUCCGCAAAACAGGUCUACUCGAAGCCAGAGAUGUACAAGUUUACGAUCGACCCUCUUAUCGGAGGACCGAAUAUAUUGACCACGAAUGGGGAAGAUUGGAAGCAGUGGAGAGGCGUAUUCAAUCCGGCUUUUGCGCACGGUUACCUGAUGGGACAAGUACCUGCAAUCGUGGAGAAGGGCGAGGUGUUCUGUGAGAAGUUACGAGAACGCGCCAGUUCUCCCUUUCCUCUGGAAGACAUCGCGACAAGGCUGACAAUAGACAUCAUCAUCAAAGUUGCAUUGGACGAUGAUCUCGACUACCAACGCGCUCCCAAUCCCCUUGCGGAUUCGCUUCGCAGCAUCGUCGGCUGGUCCAAUUUCGGAAACCCCUUCCAACAUCUUCAUCCUAUUCGCCCUUUUGCGUUACGAUAUUACGGCAAGAUCAUGGAUGAAUACGUAUACAAGGAGCUCAACUCCCGUUUUGAGGAAGUUAAGCGGGAAUGUCUUAAUGGGACCCCGAAGGAUUCGAAAUCCGUGAUAUCGCUAGCACUGAGAGACUACCUUUCCCGGCUCAAAGACAAGGAUAUCGCGCAAGCAAAGCUAGAUCCAACAUUUGCUGAACAUGCGACGCGGCAGAUGCGCCUCUUCCUCUUCGCUGGCCAUGACACGACAACCAGCGUCUUGGUAUAUACGUACCACAUGCUCUCCAAGUACCCAAAUAUCUUGAAGCACAUGCAGGAGGAGCAUGCCAGCAUCUUCGGCCCGGAUCCGCGCAAUGCCUCUCAGCAGCUUACCGAUGAGCCAUCCCUCUUGAACAGACUUCCCUACACCGUCGCCGCAAUCAAGGAGAGCAUGCGCUUUUAUCCUCCCGCGGGAGCGAACAAAGCGGGCUUACCAGGCGUGCCCCUUGUGGGCCGCCAUGGCACUCUGUAUCCCACCGAGGGAGUUCAUAUCUCUAUCCAACACCACGAACUGCAUCAUCAUCCACUCCUCUGGCCCCGCGUCAAAGAGUUCCUGCCCGAGAGGUGGCUGGUCGAAGAGGGACACGAACUGUACCCGCCAGCCGGUGCAUUUCGAGCGUUCGAGCAUGGACCGCGGAACUGCAUUGGGCAGAAUCUGGCCAUGCUGGAGUUAAGAGUCGUGCUUGUGCUGACAGUGAGAAGGUUUGAGAUUAAGCCUGCAUAUGAAGAAUGGGAUGGUGUUAGGCCGAAGGGGUGGGCAGAAAGGGUGGGAUUGAAGAAGAGAGAGGUUGAGAAUUUUGAAGGGGAGAGGGCAUAUCAGGUUGAGAAGGGCGCAGCGCAUCCAAAGGAUGGGUAUCCAUGUCGAGUCACUCUCUUGGAUGCUUGAGAAUGGUGCGGGGUGUGUGGAAAUUAUGGUCCUCUUCAAUGUAGGUUAGUUACCAUUGUGGAAGUUUUACAAUUUUUGCUUCUC